GGGGAAUAUGCAUCAAGGUUUACAUUCGGCCAGGAUCUUCCACCGCCUGAGCCCUAUGUAGAAUCAACAAAAACAUAUCCAAGUAAAAAAUCUCAAAAGAAAGGUAGUAAGUUCUAUUUUAUAAUUCUAUAAUAAGUCUAAAAGGCAAACAAAAAAAUUCACAUACGAAAUAUGGUUCUUGCUACUGAACACUGCUUCUCUGUUGUGUUCUUGGGCUGAACACUUUACAGUGCCCCUCUCCACCCAGGAGUAUAAAUAGUUACUGGAAAAUUCUUAGGGAAUCCUAAAGAACUGCUGAGGGGUAGCCUUGUGAUAGACUGGUAUACCAUCCAGGGGGUAGUAGAAAUACUCUAGUUGCUUCAUGCUUUGGAAACAGGGAUAAACCUAAGCUGGAUGGGCCCUUAGGCUUGAGUACAAACUUAAGCUUUUUUAUAUAGUUUUCCAAUGAGAAGCAACAAGUUGAGUUGGUGUGAAUCAUUUGAUUUCCAAACAGUCGAAGAAAUGAACAUAGUGUGUACUGAUUAUGAAAGUAAAAAUUAUAAAAUCCUGGACUGGCAUAAUCUAUAUAUCAAUGCUUCACUCUAUCUUAUUUAUGUAGAAAGUAUGCACAACCAUUUUAUUUCUGUUUUCAGGUGGAGCAAAGUCUUCUGGAAAUAAGGAGGCAAAAUCCAAGGCUCCUCCCCCAUCAGGAGAAGCUCCACCAGCCUCGGCCUCAACCACAACCCCAGCCCUAGCCCCAGCCCCAGUCCCACCCCCAUCCCCACCUCCACCUCCUCCUCCUCCAUAA